AUGAAAUUUACGACCGCCUUCCUCCUUGCCGCUUCAGUCAACGUCAUCACUGCUCUCACUGCCUCUUUCGAUGGCUGCUUGACCAAUAGCGGUGUCACACAAUCCAAUGCAAACUCUCCUUGCACGCUGGAAAUAUGCGGCUUGAACGUCUGUCAGACGGCAUGUCACCGAGCAGGCACAGUGAGCAGUCCAGAUGACUGGUAUCUCGAAGCAAACUACAAUGGCCCUGUCCUGAACUCGUGCAGCUGCGUGUGCUACAGUCGCUGA